AUGACAACCACCAUCAACACAGUUACGGACAGGUGUGAACGGGGCAGCGAGGGGCGCUCGACUGUCGUCAUGGAUAAGGCUGAGUACUGCACAAAACUAGGCAACCUCUUGAUGGACAAGGAAGCUUAUGUGUCAUCGACCGUCAGCGAGUUUAAAAAGCUCGUAAACAGCAUAAACAAUACGAUGGGCAAGCUGAGGAAGGCGGGAGCUCUUACGAGAAGGGAAGCGUUGGCCGCAAAAGCCAGUGAUACCGCGAUGGCGCGCUUCUACGGCCUACCAAAGGUCCACAAGCAGGGGGUACCGCUACGCCCCAUCGUCUCCUUACGUGGUACUCCAACCUUUGGGCUGUCAAAGUGGCUGUACCGGCGACUUUAUUUCCUUACCAAGGAUUCGCAGUGGACAGUGAAGUCAGCUGAAGAGUUCUUGACGCGCAUCAAACAUCUCGAAGUGGAGGCAGAUGAGGUGAUGGUGUCAUUUGACGUGAUCUCAUUAUUCACCUCCAUCCCACCCGCGCUGGCUAUUGACACUAUUGAUGGCUUUCUCCGGGAAAAGUAUGAUGAAACCGACCAACAGCUCAAACGAGCACACAUCAUCGAGCUCCUAGAACUGUGUCUUAAGACCUUCUUUACAUUCAACGGCCAAGUCUACGAGCAAAAGAAGGGGACACCGAUGGGCUCGCCUCUGUCUGGACUAAUUGCCGAAGCAGUUUUGCAGAGACUCGAGCAGCAGGUCUUCAGCUCGUACCCCCCGAAGUUCUGGGCCAGAUACGUCGACGACACGUUCGUUGUAAUCAAGAGGAGCGAGGUGAAGGCUUUCAAGGCAUUGUUGAACUCCAUCUUUCCCGAUAUUCAGUUUACUAUGGAAGAGGAAGUCAACAAUCAGUUGCCCUUCCUGGACGUACAAGUUACGAGAUUGACAGACGGGAAGAUAAGGACAACGGUUUACCGUAAGGCAACAAAUACCAGGCGCAUCCUCCACUUCCGAAGCAACCACCCUGUUGGUCAUAAACGCAGUUGUGUCAGAACUCUCUUUCAACGUGUUCAAACACACUGUAGCGACGACAGUGGGAGGAAGGAGGAGAUGAAUCACUUACACGCCCUUUUCAAAGCCAACGGCUACCCGAAGUCCUUCAUACGCAAUUGCCUCAAAAAGCCUCAUUUUGAGCGGUCGAGUGGAGAAAAGCCCAAGUUCUGGCUCUCAAUACCUUAUGUGAAGAACGUAUCAGAGGCAACGGCAAGAAUCCUGAAACCUUUUGGGAUUGGCGUGGCUCAUAAACCAGAAUGCACCAUCAGACAGCAAAUCAUGAAGCCCAAAGACCCGCUACCAACAACAGAACAGUCGGCGGUGGUCUACAGCAUACCAUGCCUAAAUUGCAAUGCAAGGUAUGUUGGUGAAACGGGCAAACGCCUCGGUACAAGAUUGCACGAACACCAACUUGCAAUCAAUCGCAAGGACAAGCUGUCUUUGGUCUAUGGCCACAUAAGAGAUCUGAACCACGAUUUUGCCUUUGAGAAAGCGAGGGUAAUUGGUCGAGCCAAUGAGAAGAUGGCCAGACUGGUGCUCGAAAGUUGGUCCUCGACUGGUACACUCAACCGAGCUAUAGAUCUACAUCCCGCCUACUAG